CAGAUCAUGUACGAGAGUUCUCCUGUGGGAUGCAGUAUUACCGAACUUUCCAUCUGGACACCAAACGGGAUGCUCUCUAUGUUGGCGCAAUGGAUCGCCUUUAUCGACUGAACUUAAGCAAUAUCAACCAAUCAAGCUGUGAGAGAGACGCCCUCAAUUUGGAGCCGGGAAAUGUGGCCAGUUGCGUCUCCAAAGGGAAAACAGAGCAUUUCGACUGUCGUAAUCACAUCAGAGUGAUCCAGUCCAUGGGAAAUGGUGACAGACUGUACGUGUGCGGUACCAACGCGCAUAAUCCAAAAGAUUGGGUCAUCAACGCCAAUCUUACACAUCUAAGCCGGAAUACUUUUGUUCCUGGAAUUGGUAUGGGCAUAGCCAAGUGCCCAUACGAUCCGACAGAUAAUUCUACAGCUGUAUGGGUAGAAAAAGGCAAUCCAGGGGACUUGCCAGGACUGUAUUCAGGAACAAAUGCCGAAUUCACGAAAGCAGAUACCGUGAUUUUCCGUACGGAUCUGCAUAAUUUAACCACCGGACGUAGAGAAUACAGCUUCAAAAGAACGCUAAAAUACGACUCAAAGUGGCUAGACAAACCGAAUUUUGUUGGAUCCUUCGAUAUCGGAGAGUUCGUCCUGUUUUUCUUCAGGGAAACCGCCGUAGAGUACAUCAACUGCGGCAAGAGCGUCUACAGUAGAGUGGCGAGAGUUUGCAAGAAAGACACCGGAGGAAAAAACAUCCUGUCUCAGAAUUGGGCAACGUAUCUCAAAGCACGACUGAACUGCUCUAUUCCCGGAGAAUUUCCCUUCUAUUUCAACGAAAUCCAAAGCAUCUACAAGGUUCCUGGCGAUGACACCAAAUUCUACGGUACCUUCACCACCUCGACCAACGGUCUUAUGGGCUCUGCCAUAUGUUCAUUCACGCUUCCCGAUAUUCAAGCGGUUUUCAGUGGGAAAUUCAAAGAGCAGGCUACCUCGUCGUCGGCAUGGUUGCCGGUUCUCUUCAGCAAAGUUCCCGAACCCAGACCAGGCACUUGCGUGAACGAUACGGAAACCCUACCGGAUUCGGUACUGAAUUUUAUGAGAUCGCAUCCACUGAUGGACUCAGCUGUGAUGCACGAAUACGAAAAACCGGUAUUCUUCAAGAGAGACGUGUUUUUCACUAGAUUGGUCGUUGAUAAGAUUAGAGUGGACAUUGGUGGUGCUUUCAUUGAUUAUACAGUUUAUUAUGCCGGAACAAAUGACGGUAGAGUACACAAAAUUGUCGAAUGGACCAAGGACAGCUCGGAGGGUUCAUCCUCGAUACUUCUGGAUGUCUUCGACGUGACUCCAAGCGAACCUAUCCAAGUCAUGGCCAUUUCCAAGGACCACAAAGCUUUGUAUGUUGCCUCGGACUACAGGGUGAAACAAGUAGACUUGGUGAUGUGCAACAGAAGAUACGACAACUGUCUUCGGUGCGUACACGAUCCUUACUGUGGAUGGGACAAGGAUACUAACGUGUGCAAACCAUAUUCACCAGGAUUGUUACAAGACGUUUCGAACAGUACCAUUGACGUGUGUGACAGCAGCGUGGUAAAAAAGAAAAUGGUAGUCACGUGGGGCCAAAGCCUUCACCUUGGAUGUUUCCUAAAAAUGCCGGCAGUUUUAGCGUCACAAACCAUCACCUGGUACCACUAUUCGAAAGAGAAAGGCCGCUACAAGAUCAUGUUCAACCCGGAAAAAUACAUCGAAACCUCCGAACACGGGUUGGUGAUAAUUUCUGUGACGGAAGCUGAUGCAGGAAGGUACGACUGCUGGAUGGGAGCGUCGUUGUUGUGCUCCUACAACGUGACGGUUGAUGCUCACAGGUGCUCACCGCCAGCCAAGAGCAACGAUUAUCAAAAAAUCUAUUCGGACUGGUGUCACGAGUUUGAAAAAUAUAAAUCCGCCAUGAAAACGUGGGAAAGAAAGCAAGCGCAAUGCGGUACAAGGCAGAACACCAGUAACCAAAACAGUCACUCAAACGAAAUCUUCCGAACUCUGGUGUGAUAGCUGAUGGAGAGAGGCCCUCUAGCGCUGACUUAUUUAGGUAUUCCCGUUUGGUGGACUAUCGUAUUGUUUGUGUAAAUACGUUAUAUAUCUUAAUUUUAUUUCGAAAAAAAGAGAAAAUUUUCAGUUUUUCAACCGUCUUGUCGAAAAAAAUCGAAUUCGUUUGAGCGGAAAAGUGCCCGUUUUUUGGAGAAUUACCGUUAAAAAAUAUGAGUAAUUAAAUUUAGCUGGGUCUUUUUUUUUAUAUUGUAGCGAAGUUUAGAGCUUUUAGAAACACGUUGCUUUUUGUAUUUGUAUUCGUCUCUUUAAAAAAAAUGUGUCGGCGAGUGUACGACAUGGCAAAAAUUAGAAAAUAAUAGUAUAUGUUCUGUAUUUCAGUUGUUAUAUUGCUGUUUUGGCUUAGUAAGUAUUUAAAGGGGCUAAAUCAGGGCUCAAAAUCAAAUAUUUGAACUAAUGAAAUUCUCUUAUAGUGGUAAGAAAUACCGGGUGUACCAAUAAUCCGUGGGCAUAUAACUACUAUGUCAUUUUGGAAUCAAAAUAAGUUAAUUUAACAUAAUUUGCCUCUAUAAAUAGUGCAUCUUUUGUUCGUUAAUAUUAACUAAUUUAAAAUUUAUGAACCUUAUCGUCAAAGCGUAUUUGUGGUAUUGGCAUUCGUCUAGUAGAUUUUAUCUUUUGACGUGUUUAAUAUUUUGAAGAGAAACUUCAUUAAGCGCUCUGGGAGUAAAAAUUUAAGGCCGUGACACACAAGCGCGAGACGAGAAGUAGUAACGACAACCUACGGCUUAGAAAAACGUGUACAACAGUGAGCAGUCCACGUGUUUAUCAAAAAUAUUGAUGUUUUAAUUGUUCAUUAUUUUUUUUAUUUUACGCGUAUAAAACUAUUUGUUACACGUAAAAAAC